ACUUUGCAUUUCUCUCAAUCGCGCUUUCUCAGACUCUGCUCCUUUUUUUUUUCCUUCCUUCCUUUCUUCUUGGAAUCAUUUGCCGAUGACUGACACACAAACCACAACACCAGCAACAGCGGUUGCAGACUCGGCGUUGUGGCACCAAAACAAGCCGGUUGUCCACACGGGCUGGCUCGUCAAGCAGGGCGGCAGGCGGAAGAACUGGAAGCGCCGCUGGUUUGCCAUUUCGGCCAACCAGAUCUUUUACUUUAAAGAUCCCAAGGACGCUGUGCCGCUGGCUGCCAUUCAGCUGUUUGGAAACGAGGUGCGUGUCAUUCCCGAGUCUCAGGAGCCCCGCAAGCGAUUCUGCUUUGAGAUCAUUCCAGGCGGCGAGACCAAGACCAUGAUGACAGACAACCAUCGCACAUUCAUCAUGUAUGCCGCCACCAAGCCCGAGAUGGAAACAUGGCUGUCGUACAUUCGCAAGGAGUGCUAUGCGCCUCGUGGAGGUGGCAUGUUUGGCACGGAUUUGGCCGCGACGCUGGAGCGCGAGGGCCGCACGGACGACCAAGUGCCCAUGGUUGUCGAAAAGACCCUCAACUACCUGGUGCAGUUCGGCUUGAAAGAGGAAGGCCUGUUCCGCAAAUCGGGACUCGCCGCUCGUAUCAACAAGCUCAAGGAGCAGUUCGCUAAAGGCGAAAACCCCGAGCUGGACGGCGAAGCAGAUGUUCACGUUGGCGCUGCCCUCUUCAAAAUGUACCUCCGAGAGCUUCCAGAGCCGCUUCUAACCUUUCAACACCACGGCGAGUUUAUCGCUGCAGCGCAGAUUUACACGGACAAUGCCGCCACUACAGACCAUGCUACUCUACUCGUGCCCGUUCGGGCGCUAUUGAGUAAACUGCCACCUUGCAACGUCACUCUUCUGCGAUUUUUGUGUCAAUUCCUGCGGCAGGUGUUGGUCCACGAAGCAAGCAAUCGCAUGGGCAUUGACAACUUGGCCACCGUGUUUGGCCCAUGUCUGUUGCGCGACCGCCAAAACCACGACGAUCCUCUCACGCAGCUCGGCUUGUCGAAAAUGAUCAAUGUGGUCGUCAAAAUGUUUCUGCAAGAGUUUGACAUCCUGUUCUCUGAUCUCAGCGUCCCAAAGGCUCUUCCCCGGAGCACGUCUUGGCGCAAGACCACCCUGAUUGAAGCAGACUUGUCCGACGACUCGGACGACGAGGACGCAACCGCGCGCGACAGACGCAGUGGUCGUGUCAGGCGAGAGAGCUCGCAAGCAGAGUCAAGUCCCACGUCCCCGACGCCAUUGUCCCCUGGCCCCUCGUCCGCCAGUCCCUUCCUCCAGCCUGAUGCGUUUCCAGUGCAGCAUUCAAACACUGUGCGUGCAUCGGUCGCCGAGGUAGCAGAGUCGCGCGUCAAAGACCUCGAAGCCAAGGUUGCCAACUUGGAAGAGCGACUCAAAAUGGCGGAAAUCAGGUAUCUCGAAGAAUGGCAGACACGCCAACAUCUGGAGCUCGUUUCAGCAGAGCUCCAGCGGAAGCUCAAGGACUACGAGGAGAAGGACGGCUUGAAAUCAGCGUCGUCGUGAACAAGCACACACAAAAACAACUGUACACAGGACUGACAGCUCGGCCGCAGGCGGCAACAAGCAGUUUUUUUUUGUAUUUCCUUUCCCUCCCCCCCCCACUCCGGCUAAUGUAUCUUUCCAACAAGCUAACAAGCUUUGUGAUGUUGUGUACUUGUCUCUUUGUCAGUUUUCAUGAGCUCAACUCCUGGCGAGUGUGAAGAGUGAAUUUUUGCCUGAUAUCCUUUGUCUGUGUUGUUUUGUUUUGUUAAGAAGAAUCAAACCGUCCAACAGC